AUGGAUUGGGUUGCUGAACUCAAUUCCAGAAUCGAUAUGCAAGAUGCAAAGUACAUCUCAAUGCUGUUUGAUGCAUCCAAGCAAUGGUCUAGAGAGACUGACUGCCAUGCAUUAAACGAAGUGAAGCAGCCAUUCGGUGCUCUUCUCAAACUUCAUCACGCUGUUCAUGCUGAGAAAGCCUAUGGACUAAUUGAGCAGCUUGUAAACGGCACAGUAAAGCAUCUUGGAAAAGAGCAUUGGGCUACUUGCAUAUCAAAAGCAAUAUUCUACGGAGUAUUCCAGCUGAGACAACUCGCAGGUACCAGAAGGAUCAGUAGACUGUUAUAUAUCUCACACAAGGCUCUGCUACACGAUUCCAACAGCACCUUUUUUUACAUUACAAACAUGCUUCUUGAAACAUACAGAGAGACCGGAGAGCUUGAACUUGCGGAAGAUGUGUUCAGAAAUACCAGCCCGCCAGUGAACAAAACCAGGGAGUACUUUACGUUUUAUUUCUAUAAAGGAGUGUUUGCACUGUAUUCAGAGCUGUUUGAAGAAGCAAACAUGCUAUUCAAAACAGCAUUUGCAUAUAGAAGAGGGCAGAAGGCAAUUGCACCGUUUUAUUUUGUUUCAUCCUUGCUCACCAACAGAUUCCCUAAACAAAAGUACCUGCAAGCGUUUGAUUGCAUGUAUCUGCUCGAGCUGGCAUGCACAAUAAAAAAAGGCGAGUAUUCCAGCAUAUGCAGUAAUGUUGAAAUGGUUUUUGCCAAUAUCAAGGACUACACUGUGUACAGAGUGCUUAUGGUGCACGCCCCAUUUGUGUGCCUUGCUAGCCUAAUGCAUCAAACAUACUUGAAUCAUGGAAGCGAUAAUAAACUUAAAAUACAGAGAAUUGCAAAUGCAAUUGGUGACUCCGACCUCAAAGAAACAAUCUGCUUGAUAAGCAGUUUGAUAAGUUUGGGACGAGUCAAAGGAUACAUAUCGAUUGCCAAGAUGGUAGUGGUGUUCAGUAGAAUAGAUCCAUUUCCCUGCUCGAUCCACUGA